UUCACAUAGAAUUUAUAACGAAUUAUGGGAUUGCUUAUUCAUCGUGUAAUUAUUAGAAUUGAGCUAUGAAUUACUGGGAAUAUGAAUAUAAAUAGAAAUGAUAUUGAAUAUCAAGUAGAAAUGGAAAAUCGUUUAAUAAAGGGCUUCUUUUGCGUUUUACAAUUGGAAAAGUUUAAUUAUUGUUUGGUUUAAAAGAAAAACAAAACAUAUUGUUAUUUUUAAAAGAAAAAUAGGUUAACGAAGAAGUUCUUCGAUUAUCACGAGAUGCCCUAGGAAACCCAAGCCUUUUGCCGUCAGUAGAUCGUCACUUCGGCGCCGUACAGCGGUAACGCCCAUUCCAUUUUCAGAUUGAACGUGGCUCAAUAAAUAUGUUAAACGACAAGGAUUUAUUUAUAUGUCUUUUAUUUUCUUUCUUCCAUCAGAUGUUUACAAAAGGUCCGUGCGAAAAUGGAGGACAAUAUUUCAAAAUAUCAAACGAAGCCGAAUGUAUAUGCAGCCAAUACUUUUUUGGUAAAUUUUGUGAACGUUUCAAGCUUUCAGAGACGGAGCCAACUCUAUCAUCUGGAAAAGUUAAAUUAGAAUGGAAAUCAGCAAUUAAACUUACCAGGACAUAUAUUCUCCUGUAUAAAAUUGAUUCUCAACCACCUAGAAUGAACAUUUUACGCUCAACUGAUAAAUGUAUACAAAAAAACAUUGGAGUGGUGCGCCAACAGGUUUUAUUAUGUAUAUUGGAAGUUCGUUGGGCCUCUAAGUAUCUUAAUAUAACAGAAAGAAGUAUACCAGUAGACGAAUGCAUUCGAAUCCCAGUUGAGACGAAUUGGAAUACGCUGGCGGGUUAUUGUUUAGCUGCUGGAUUGAUUCUGAUUGUAGCCGGUAUCGUAAGAUCUCAAAGAAGAAAAUGGACUCUAAUUUACUCUCCAGAACGAGAUAGACCUAUGCUUGUUCAAAAAAUUUCUGAUAAACAAUCUACGGAAAGAGAGCAGCUUACGUCUACAGUUUAGGCAGCCACUAAAUUCUGUUAAGAAGCAUACGAAGAGAGAAAGAUCGUAUUUUGAAACAUUAUUCAAAGAAUUCCGCCCACUGAAGAAGUAUUCCCUUAGUCUAAUUAAUAGAAAAAAAUAUUUUCAAUAUAAAGUAAUAUAAAUGUAAAGAUAUAUAACUAAUAUACUGUUAUAUUGUACUAUAAAACAAUCUAUU